AACCGCGACGUCAGCGAAGUCCGGAGUCGACCUGGGCACACCUGGGCAGAGUUUAGCGCAGUUUGGGGGAUCCAUUGACUUUGCGGGGGCACAGCUGCCCAUUUCUCUAGGCGUUUGCCCUCGGCGUCUCAUGACGGGCUGUUCUCAAUCGCUACAGUAUUGCACAUCCGCACCACGAAACCCAACCCCGCGCUACGGCCUAACACAACUGGAAGCCUCUCUGCGCAUGUCCUAGACUGGCGCAUUGUUCUGCAAAGGCUUCACGCAUUCACAUCUUUGCCACGCUCUUCGUUCAUCUCGUGGAAGAAAAGAUGUCUGAUUCUCACCACCCACCUCUCAACUAUGAGGCGUCGGCGACCACCACACACCCUGUCGUCUCCUCAACACUACCGCCGGAAGUAUCGCAAUGCUUGAAGAAUGCCCGAUUCCUACAUUUGGCGACGAUAUCUGCCACUCAAAGCUCUCUACCCACACCGCAUGUCUCUUUAAUGAACUACACAUUCCUUCCCAGCUAUCUCGAACAUGGACCGGUCAUCAUCAUGACCACCAACGCCCAGUCGAUCAAGACACAAAACCUGUUGCACAACCCCAAGGUCUCGAUUCUGGUACAUGACUGGGUCUCACAUAGACCACCAACUGCAGCUUCGGUCAUGGGUGAGCGAUCCGGAAGUCCACCUGCAGCCGCCGCGAGAUCAAGUUUAGCCAGUCUGCUAUUGAACUUGAACACAUCAGCCUUGAGUUCAAUAUCUACCACGAUCGCCGGCGAGGCUCGGUUUCUAGAAGAGGGUAGUGAAGAAGAGAAAUGGUGCAAACAAACACAUUUGGCCAACAACACGUUCGGAGAUUCAGCCCAAGGAGAGUCUAGCUUUUUCGGCACACAACCAGCGGAAGAGAACAAGGAGAACAGCAGUUGUUAUAUCGCAGGCGACGAUGUAAGGGUAGUUAUCGUGCCGAUCCGCGAGGGAAGAAUAGCAGAUUGGAAAGGAGGAGUCAAGGAUUGGAUACUGGUCGACGAUGACGAGCCAUCCACCUCCAACACGCACGACACAUCGAUCGAUAAUCGAGGUCGCAGUGGUGAGCAACCAUUAGUCAAUGGCAUCAUCAAUUGAGACCGCACUGUCAUUUCGACUACCAUGUCUCUUAAGAUAAGGCACAGAUAUCAUUGCUGAGUUAAGGCUGUUUGCGCUGGCGAAGGUCUCACGCCACACAUCUUCCAGAAGAUGUCUGACCCAUAUGUCGUCCAUUAUCUCACACCUUCAACUCUAUCUGGGGUCCAAGCAGAACGCCGUUAUCAUAAUGCCUGCGCUUUUCCAAUCGAGGCUGGAACCAAAG